UCGAUCGUCCGGAGUCUCGUCAACUCUUGAGCCCCGCAUAUAGACACAGUGAUCGUCUUCUUCCUUUCUUAUCAGGAUACUCGCUCUGCUUCCUUCUCUAUUUUUCCAGUCUUUACCUCUCUACCAUCUUCUUCUUCUUCUUCCUCGGGCUGUUCUUGGUGGCAGAAAUAGGGGAGAGGGCUAGAUAUAGAGGGAAUAAAUACUGUGUCUUAUGGGUAACUGCUGGUUUCGGGGGAGUUCCUACAUUAACAGGGUCUCCACUGCAAAGUCAGAGACUCCCAAGAUCCAGAGCCCGUCGGAGAGGGACCGGAGCGAUGAGAGUAGGCUGCCGUCGAACGCGAGGGAGGUGGAGGCCAUGCGGCUCGACUCGGCCGCGCGGAACCCGCUGACCGCCUUCUCUUUCGAGGAGCUCCGGAAGGUGACCAACGGGUUCCGGCAGGACUCGCUAAUCGGCGGCGGCGGCUUCGGCAGGGUGUACAAGGGCGCCGUGGGUACGGACGGCCCCGGAGACGAGCCCCUGCUGGUCGCCGUCAAGGUGCACGACGGAGAUAACAGCUUCCAGGGCCACAGGGAAUGGCUGGCGGAGGUGAUCUUCUUGGGCCACCUGUCACACCCGAACCUGGUGAAGCUAGCGGGCUACUGUUGUGAGGGCGAGCACCGGAUGCUGGUCUACGAGUACAUGCCGCUCGGCAGCGUGGAGUCACACCUCUUCUCACGGGUGAUGGCGCCCCUGGCGUGGGCGACGAGGAUGAAGAUCGCGUUGGGCGCGGCGAGGGGCCUGGCGUUCCUCCAUGAGGCCGAGAAGCCUGUCAUCUACCGCGAUUUCAAGACCUCCAACAUCCUCCUCGACCAUGACUUCAACGCCAAGCUCUCCGACUUCGGCCUCGCCAAGGACGGCCCCAUCGGCGACAUGUCCCACGUCUCCACCCGCAUCAUGGGCACCUAUGGCUAUGCCGCCCCAGAGUACAUCAUGACAGGGCACCUGACGGCGAUGAGCGACGUAUACAGCUACGGGGUGGUGCUGCUGGAGCUGGUAACUGGGCGCAAGUCGCUGGACAAGUCGCGGCCGGUGAGGGAGCAGACGCUGGCGGACUGGGCGUUGCCGAUGCUGACGCACAAGAAGAAGGUGUUGGGGAUCCUAGACGCAAGGCUCGGCUCUGACGACUACCCCGUCAGGUCCGUGCAGAAGGCGGCCAUGCUCGCGUACCACUGCCUCAGCAGCAAUCCCAAGGCGCGGCCGCUCAUGCGCGACAUCGUCGCCUCCCUCGAGCCGCUGCAGCAACUGGAGCUCAUUCCCGCCAACGUGUGA